AUGUUGGUGAGAGUUCCGGGGAGAAUCAUUCGAACGGGUGAAGAAGAAAUGUGGGAGAAUCCUACUUGGAAUGCUUAUGAAGAUCACCACCAGAAUAUUCCAGAAGUACAAGAAGAUAUUGUGCCACCUUACAUGCCAGAAUCUAUAGAAGAGAUGGGCAUAGCGGAACCAUAUCACGAUAGUGUUUUUGAAGCAUUUGAAGUAGCCACUCAACCUCUCUACGAAGGAUGUGCAGAGGGAAUAUCUCAGUUGUCUCUUGCUUCGCGGAUGAUGAAAGUGAAGACAUAUUAUAAUCUACCAGAAGCUUGUGUAGAUGAGAUAUCUGAAGUAUUUAAAAACAUACUUCCACAGCCAAAUAAAGCUCCAACAACAUAUUAUGAGACAAAGAAACUGACACGAGCGCUUGGGUUACCAGUACAGAAGAUUGACGUUUGCGUGAAGAAUUGUAUGUUAUUUUGGAAAGGAGAAUAUGCGAAGUUGGUCAGUUGUCGGUUUUGUGGAGAAGAUCGCUACUACCCGAAGAAUGGAAAAGGUAAAAACAAACCGAAACAGAGAAUGUUUUACCUGCCAAUUGCAGAUCGUCUGAAGCGUCUAUACCAACUCGAGGCGACAGUUUCCAAUAUGCGGUGGCAUAAGGAACAUGUGACUCCGGAAGGAGAAAUACAUUACCCAUCUGAUGCCAUAGCGUGGAAACACUUUAAUGAGUUAUAUCCUGUUUUUGCUGCUGAAAGCCGGAACAUUUAUCUAUGCUUAUCAACAGAUGGAUUUAAUCCGAUUGGUAUGAAUGGCGAAGCACAUUCCCUUUGGCCCGUUAUUGUAAGUCCAUACAAUUUGCCUCCGGGAAUGUGUAUGAAAAGAGAAUUCUUUUAUCUUUCGGUGCUAAUUUCGGGGCCCAAACAUCCAAGAAAAAGCUUAGAUAUUUACCUUCAGCCGUUGAUUGAAGAAUUACAGAGUUUAUGGAAGGAUGGUGUGGAGGCAUAUGAUAUUUCAAGGAAAGCAAUAUUCAUAAUGCGAGCAGUGUUGAUGUGGACGAUAAGCGAUUUUCCAGCAUAUGGGAUGCUUUCAGGUUGGACGACGCAUGGUCGGUUGGCGUGUCCAUAUUGUCAAGAUGAGACAGGUGCAUUCUGGUUACGUAAUGGACGGAAACAUAGUUGGUUUGAUUGCCACAUAAGGUUUUUAGAUGAAGAUCAUCCUUACAGGAAAAACACUCAAGCAUUUACGCGGGGAAAAACAGUUUUUGAUCCCCCUCCACCAUGGUUGACCGGAGAAGAAAUAUUGCGUGAGAGGAUAAAUAAUAUAGAAGGUUUAUCAAAGUCCGUUGAAUGUGGAGGGAAUGGACAUGAUAAUCCAUCCAAGACAAUAUCUGAAUACGGAGUUACUCACAAUUGGAAAAACUUCUUCGAUAACCUCACGAACACAUUGUUAAAUGCUUCUGGGAAUACAAAAGACAACAUCAAAAGCAGAUUGGAUCUUCUAGGACUAUGCAAAAGGCGUGAUUUAGAGAUGAAAGAGGAUGGAACGAUGCACGUGCCAAUAUUCAGGCUGUCAAAUGCGGCAAAGCGAGAAUUCCUUCUGUGGCUGAAAAAUGACAUAAAAUUUCCCGAUGGAUACGCCUCCAAAUUUAGUCGAUGUAUUGACGAAAGCAAUUUAAAGCUACAUGGCCUGAAAAGUCAUGAUUGUCAUGUCAUAAUGGAACGACUAUUUCCAUUUGCGUUCGCUGAACUCCUUCCAAAAAUUGUUCAUACGGCAGUUAGAGAUAUUGCCCUCUUUUUCCGAGAUAUCUCUUCGGAGAUUUUGAAAGAAUUUGAUGUUGGUCUUUUAAAGGCAAAUAUUGGUGUGAAGCUUUGUAACUUGGAAAAGAUAUUUCCUCCAUCAUUCUUCGAUGUUAUGGAACAUUUUCUUGUGCACCUUCCAGAUGAGGUAGCCUUAGGUGGCCCCAUCCAUUUUAGGUGGAUGUAUGUAUUUAAAAGAUACAUGUACCAUUUGAAGAAGAUGGUCAAAAACAAAGCACACAUUGCAGGUUCGAUAGUUGCACAAUGGAUAAACGAGGAGAUUUCAAGAGCAUCUUCAAAUUUUUUUGGGAAUCCUGAAAUCAUGAGCAUUCCAGAAGGUCCAAGUGAUAUUCGUUUCUCAUACAAUUAUUCAGAUGUACCACCUUUGUUUUACCAUGAAGGGAGAAUCAGUGGUCAAUGCUCAACUGGUUGGUUAAAUGAUGAAGAUAACACCGUUCUUCAGACAUUUAUGAUGCUCAACUGUGAAACAUUUGCUUCAUAUGAAAGGAUGUUUGAAGAAUAUAUGACGCGAAGUAUUCCUGAUAUUACUCCAGCUGCAAUGCAAAAAGCGAAAGACACCAAGUUUGCAGAGUGGUGCAAAGACUAUAUUAAUGAUGCGACUCAGUUUUACACAUUUCCUAUGUGGAUGUUGGAUUUUGUACAAGGUCCUAGGCGCAGUUAUAGGUCUUGGCCAAUAUACCACACACGUGGAUACACUUUCCACACACAUAACCACGAUCAAGAUAGGAAAACUCAACAUUAUGGUGUUUGUGUUCCUGGAACCAAUAAAACAGAAUACUAUGGCCUCAUACAAGAGAUUAUGAUGGUGGAGUAUCAUGGUGAUGUUGGCUUGAAAGUCAUGAUGAACUCAACAAGAGUACCUGGAACACAUGCUGCGUCUCCUACUAUGCCUCCUGGUGCUACUAGACCCAUUUUUAACCAUGCUGGAUCUCCUCCUAUGCCUCCUGGUGCUACUGGACCCGCUUUUAACCAUACUGGAUCUCCUCUUAUGCCUCCUGCUACCCGCAAAUGA